AUGGAUGCAGUAUUUGCAAAGAAAAGAGACUAUCAAUUGGAAGAAUUAGGUGGCACUGAAGUAAUUAUGAAUUCUUUCAAUCCCAGAAUGGGUAGACAAAGUAAGGCUGUUUUUUUCAACUGCACCGUUUGCUACAAUUCAAGGAUUCUUUUCAGUUCGCAGAUAUCAGUUGUGCAAGGUCUUAUGGAAGAACUACUUGAAGAAGUUGUCUUUUAUGUGAACAGGGAAAAGGCAUCCACUUCCACUAUGCAAUAG